AUGUUGCAGAUGAAGUUUAGAGUCAUGCUCUUGCUCCUUUUAUUGGCGGUCAGGUGUGUUGCACAGGAAACUGAAAAUAAGGGCUGUGUUUGUGGACACCCUGGAAUACCAGGGGACCCUGGACACAAUGGUACACCUGGCAGAGACGGCCGAGAUGGACUCAGAGGUGACAAAGGUGAUCCAGGUCAAGUAGGCUCUAUUGGACCAGCUGGCAAUGAUGGCCACAAAGGAGACAAAGGGGAACUUGGUGCCGUUGGCCCGGCAGGGCUCAAAGGAAAAAGGGGAGACAAUGGAGAACGGGGGCCUCCUGGGAAAAUGGGGCCCCAAGGAGUCCAAGGGCCUAUUGGCCUAAAAGGAAAUAAGGGAGAGCUCGGGCUGCCUGGACCCAAAGGACCAACAGGAGAUUUGGGGCCUCUUGGACCAGAGGGUCCCAAAGGGGAAAUUGGCCUUCGAGGUGACAGAGGCAUUCAGGGACCAUUGGGACCUCCUGGCAGGCCAGGGUCUAAGGGGGAAUUAGGUGUUCCUGGUCACAAAGGCAACAUUGGUUAUCGUGGUGAAAGAGGGUCUCGGGGAGAGAAAGGUGAUCAGGGUGAGAAGGGAGAUGCACUUGUUAUCUCUAAAAGUGCAUUCUCUGUGGGGCUCACAGCACAGAGCAAACUUCCAGCAGCGAAUGCACCAAUCCGGUUUGACAAGAUAAUUUACAACGAACAAAAUCACUACGAUCCACAAACAGGAAGAUUCACAUGCUCAGCAGCGGGGGCCUAUUACUUUAACUACCACAUCACCGUCUUCUCCAGAAACGUGAAGGUGGCUCUAGUGAAGAAUGGUCUAAAGAUGAUCCACACCACGGAUAACUACCAGAGCAGCGAGGAUCAGGCAGCAGGGGGCGCUGUGCUGCACCUGGAUGUGGGGGACAAGGUGUGGCUGCAGGUGGUUGGAGGAGAGCUGUUCAAUGGGCUCUUCGCUGAUGAAGAUGAUGACACCACCUUCUCUGGGUUCUUAAUCUUUGGGUCUUAAAUGAGGCAUAAUUUCUUUAUAACUGCUAGGAAACAUUUUUAAUGAAUAAAAAUCAGUCAAUAGAAAUCAGCCUGCCUCUAAACGUUUUGUUGAUGCUAUAAUGCAUUGUGCAAUGUAACAAAGUAUUUUACUCAACUGCUGUACUCAGGCACAAAUUUGAGGUAUUUGAGUAUUUCCUAUGGUAUUUCCAUUUUAUGUUACGUUAAUAGUUCUACUUCAAUAUGUAUUUAAAAGGAAACAUUGUUGAGUACUGAUUGCCUAGCUAAUCAGGAUUGUAAAUGCAAACCAUAUGGCAGUCUUAUAAAAUACAAUUCAUUGUUAUAAAAGUUCUGAAUUAAUACUGAAAUUAUUGAUUAAAACACUCACAGGGACAGUUUCUCUGCAUUAUGAGUACUUUUAUUUAAGUAUUCUUUUCCUGAUAAUACAUAUUCUAGUUUAGUAUAAUCUAAGUGCAAGACUUUUACACUGUUGUAGGCUAUUGGAAUUUUAAUAAUCAGAAUUACUACCACCACUGACAU